AUGAUCUUAAAAAAAUUAAUGAUUAUUCAGCUAAGUUAGGAGUAUUAAUCAAAGAAGGGUUAUUUUUUGCGUCUAACAUCCUUUCGUAUUUUUCUGAAAAUCACAAUGAAUUCGUCAAAGGAUGGAAAAAUGAUCUUGACUCUCGAGGGAAAAUCAAUAAUUUAGCUGACCCGCAUUUAAAUUAUAUUGACGAAUCCAUCAAAAAUUGCAAAAUAUUUGCUAUUCGAUUUAGUGAAUUUUACAAAUUUCUUAAAAAAGCAAUUGCAAAGCUUGAAGAGUCACAUCAGAAAAUCGAAGAGUCAUUUCAGAAAAUUGAAAAAACGAAUAAACCAAUUUAUGAACAAAUUUUGGAAAAAAAGAUGAUCGACGAAAGGAAUCAGAAAUCCGGAAUUCUUUUUACAUAUAAGAAGAAAGCAUCUGAUGGAAAUGCUAGUUUAAAAAAAUUAAAUGAACAAGGAUAUAAAAAUUUGAUUAUGGAUCGUCUGAUUGUCGAAUUGGAAUGCAUUAAAAAUAGAUUGAAAAUUUUAAAAUUGGAAGAAGUAUCAGACUUUUGGAAACAAAUUUCCGACGAAUUUCAAAUAAACAAAGAAUUAAUGAAGGAAAAUGUAAAUCAUGGCGAAUUAUAUGUAAAAGAGAAUUUAAAGUUGGGAUAUUUGGAAUUAUAG